AUGUCGUUUUCUUUUGGAUCGCCAUCAAGUGCUCCGGCUACUACUGGCAUUGGUGGAGGUAGCUUCAACUUUGGCGCGACAAAGCCAGCUACACCCGGUUUCGGCUUAAAUGCUGGUGCACAACCAACAACUGCAUUGUUCAAUACGCCAGCGACGUCUGCUCCCGCGAUUGGAAGCACCGCUCCCGCUUUUGGAACUGCGACUCCUGCAUUCGGAGCUACAUCAGCUGCUCCAACUUUUGGCGUGUCAACUACCCCUGCGUUUGGAUCGCUGCCAAGUUUUGGAUCAAGUGGAACACCGGCAUUUGGGGCAAGUUCAACAGCACCAACAUUUGGUACUACAUCUACGGCACCUACCUUCGGUACUACUCCAGCUUUUGGAGCAACAACCACACCAGCAUUUGGGAGCACAGCAACAACCACUCCAGCUUUCGGUGCAACUACUACUCCAGCAUUUGGAACUACAGGUGGACUCACUUUUGGAGCAGCUAGUAGCACAGCUACACCUGGAACUGGACUUUCUUUUGGAGCACCAACAGCUACAACAGCUAGCACUGGUCUGGGAGGCUUAGGAGGCAUUGGAUUUGGAGCAUCCACAUCAACACAGAACUCUAGCUUACUGUUUGGUGGAACAGCAACAACCACCAAUAGUCUUUUUGGUGAGAAUGUUUCUAUAAAGUCACAUUGGUUGAUUAAUGUGAUCAAAUCUUUUAACAAAAUGUUUCCCCGCCAAAGCUCUCCUUACACAAGUCCAUUUGUGCCAAUAACGCAAACAUUUCAAAUGCUGCCACCCAUCAGUGUCAGUACCAAUGCCCAUCCUAACUUUGAACUAAGCCCCAUAGAACCUGAUAUGAGCCGUGGGUACUCUAUUAAGAGCCCCACUAGGGACUGCUAUAAAACUUUAAGAGCAUGCGGUGCCAAGUUGGGAACAACAAGUGUUACAGGAACGCAGCCAUCAAUCUCUGCAACCCCCAGUUUUGGAUUAGGUGGUGUGGCUCCCGUGGGUGGAGCGGGAGUGGGAAAUGUCGCCGAUGUUAAGACUGAACCACCCAAACAGCAAAAAUUGCCAAAUGAAAUCUCAACUACGUUGGAUUCAUUCAAAGAGUUUGUUAAGAAGCAGAAGGCAGUCAGCUCUGAAAUGAUGAGAGUUUCAAUAAAGCCUUUGCACAAGGUUGCGCGCGAGGCGGAGAGCACGUUGCGCGCGACGUUGACCCUGAGCGGGGAGGUGUCACGCGCGCGCGCACACUCGCGACGUCUGCGUGCCGCCGCCGCCGCCGCGCUCGCCGCCGCCGACAACGCCGCCAGGGACAACGCCGCACAAGGGAUGGAACUUGAAAGUAGCGCUCCUCCUGGUUACGUGAAGGAGUUGAUAUCCGAGUUGGAACAACAGCUGAUCACUUUCAGGCGUCAAAUGGAAGUGGCCGACAAGCAAAUGCAGUCCUCGCCUAAACUACUCACUGAACAAGAGUUGACACUCGGCAUUCGUCGUAUGCACGAGUCGUUGGUCGCGUUGGCCGGUCGCCUGCAAGCCGUUCACGCACAAGUGGAAGCACAGAAGGACCAAUAUCUCAAUCUAAGGAAAUAUGUACUUAAAGAUCCGACCAACGUGUUCGAUUCACCCGACUCUGGGUCUAGUCUCGAUCAGAUCCUGAAGGACGCGGAGACGUCAAGAAAGAAAAUCAAGAGUGGCAACGUCAGUGACGUCAGCUUCAACAGCGCCGUACUCUCUGAUCCUAGGGCUGCAUUAGGAAACAUUCAUCAGUUGGCUGGACCAACGCCCUUCACAUAUUUGGGCAACACGUUGUCCCCUUUUCCCAUUGCUGAUGCGAGCGGUCCGGGCUGGCAGCCUACGCCUCAAUCUCAACUGAACACGUCCAUCAAUGCCACACCAUCCACUGAGCCCGCACUUCAGCUGCACAAGCCGCCGGGCAAGCGCGGCAAGCAGUCAUACUGA